AUGUAUUUGCAAAUGUCAGCGCUGAUAAUAACUGCAGCAACCUUAAAAGCAUUCACAGUAUUGCCUUAUAUGCAAAUUGACUUUAUUCAUUACUUACGAUUAGCACAAUGUGAUGCAAAAUGUGCUGAAAAGGUGGUAAUUAAAUAUUCAUAUAUUAUUUCAGAAGACUGUGUAAUUGGUUGUAAUCGACAACAAAAAACAACACUACGACAAAAAAAUUUAACUGAAAAUGUGUUACGUACAGGAAUGCAGUUUUGGAGAGAUACAAAUGCUUAUGCAAAUCUACUAGAUCAGUCGCCAAUAGAUCGCGCUCGAUUAGGAUGUUUUGAUACAUGGCAAGAAUACAGUGAUAUAGAAGCCAGCGCAGAAGGAUUAAUAUUUGUAGAGUUAAAAAACAUGCCAAGGACACCAAUUCGAUAUAUUGUGCAAUGGAAAGCAAAAAGUUUUGGCGGUACUUCGAAUAAUAAUAAACAUUGGAUUACUGCUUCAAUCGAGUCUGAGCCAAUUAUCAAAGUUGAUGGUAUGUUAGCAUCAUUACAAUAUAAAUUCCUGAUAACAGCUGUUGAUCCCAGUGGACGUCUAGGUUCUGGAGUAACUACUGACUGGAUAAAAUUAUCUAAAUUUGAAGAUGAAUUUCACGUUCCUGCAUAUUUUGUAGCUCAACCGAUAUUGAUAACAACACAUUACAAUACUGAUUAUGGUUUACAUGCUAUUGUCGAAUUAUCACAACUAUUUUAUCAUUCUAAUCUAAAUUCACCAGACGAUGGAAAACCUAAGAAUUGUCAUUACAGUAUGCUUGUAAAAAACGAAACUUGGCAUCAAGCAGUGGAUUUUACAUUAGAUUUUGGACACGGUAUUUUACUGAUGAAUUUGCAAUUUUCAAGUGAAUAUUCGAUAAUACUUGAAGCAUUACAGUUAGUAGACUUUAAUGCUCAAGCUAAUAUAGCAAAUGCAAAUAGUUCGAAUCGCAUAAUUCAAGAAAAGUUCAUAACCCCAACUUGCAAUGAAAUAUUUGGUUCAGGAAGUCUAAAAUGUGAUCCUGAACCGGUAAAAAAUUUAAACGCGACAGUGCAACUCAAUGGUACUGUAAAUAUACAGUGGGUACCAUCAAGCAAUUCUAAUACCAUACUUUUUUAUCACUUGCUUUAUUACUCAACAGAAAAUAGCAGUGAUUGUGAUAAUAAUACACCAGGCUUAUAUAUCAGUGCGGUCAGUUGCUGUUUGACAAAUUAUGCAAAUUUUAUUCUUAAUUUAAGAAAAACAACAAUACAACUGAAAAAGCAAACCAAUUGCGAAUAUUUGAUUAAAUUGAUCAAUUACGAUUUGAUCGGACGUGAUGCUUCUGCUGAAGUUAUUGUUCAGAUGCAAACGAUACAUCCCUUAACCUCAGUGUUAUUAAUAAUUUUAGCAUGUUCUGUAAUAUUAUUAAUAAUUUUGAUCAUUCUGUUAAACUAUUUUGUGCAUAUGUAUUGUUGUAAAAAUUCUAACUCUCAACAGCUGCAUUUUUUAUUAAGUUCGGGUCAAAAAUAUGUUGUUACACUUUGUUAA